AUGUACAGUCGGCCUAGUGCCGUGGACUCACGCUUUGGUACGCCCGUGAUCGGUGCGAACUCCUUUCGCUUGAAAUCUGACGAGAAUCGACGUCCUAAUUUCAAUCGAGUUGAAGAUUCAUCAGGGUCUGUAGAUAUUGAUAUGAAGGACGCAUCGGCCACGUCUGGACGGUUCCAUCGUCCAUCACCUGCGCCUUCCACAUCGUCGUCCACGUACGGACAGGACCGACAAGCACUACGUGAAUGUACUACUGGAACCACCUAUCGAUCACCUGCUACCAGCCGAUUGAUGGCGCCAACGGCUUCUUCACUGGCACAUCGAAAGGCGCCACGAUUGGCACCUCGAUCGGCACCUGGGUCAAUACCAUCAUACGCUCGACCGACGGCCAGUAGUGCUACUGGUAGACACCAAGCUUCGAGAAUUCCGUCUGCACCAACGAAAUCGACAUACGGCAGCAGCACAAACAGAGUCCAGUCAGCUACGUCUACUUCAGCAGCAAGACCAGUGUCUCAUCAGUCUUCAUAUGCUGGUACAGGUGCAUCUAACAGAUUGCAGACCAAUUUGGGAUCGCAUCCUCGAUACGCUGCUACUAGGACGCAGCAGCGUGCACCAACUCCACCGCCACAGCAGCGUCUUGUAGAACAUGCAACUUCACCCUCCGCUUCGAUUGAAAUGAUGGACUACGAAGACCAACCGGAACAAGAGCAACGAGUGCUGGAACAACAUAGUCAGGAGCCAAAAGCCUGGAGCUUGGACGAUUUCGAGAUUGGCCGCGAACUGGGAACUGGAAAGUUUGGUCAAGUGUACCUUGCGCGUGAGAAAACCUCGCUUAUGGUUGUGGCGCUAAAAGUGUUAGUGAAGGAUCAACUUAAAGCUGCGGGUGUGGCCCACCAGCUGCGUAAGGAAGUGGAAAUUCACUCGCGCAUUCGGCACGAAAAUAUUCUGCCGCUGUAUGCCACGUUUCAGGAUGCUACACGAGUCUACCUGGUUUUAAAGUAUGCAGGAGGUGGUGAUCUCUUCAAGAAAAUGCGCUCUAUGCCCGGACGGCGAUUUCCUGAACGUCAAGCCAUGCUAUACACCGCUCAGCUUGUCAGCGCAUUGGAGUCGUGCCAUCAUCAGCACGUAAUUCAUCGCGACAUCAAGCCCGAAAAUCUUCUUUUAUCUGAUGAAGGUACAAUCCAGCUUGCCGAUUUUGGCUGGUCAUCCGCCAACGUGACCGCGGCCAAUCGACGUGAUACCUUGUGCGGCACCUUAGACUACUUGUCGCCGGAGAUGAUUCGAGGCGAAAAAUAUGACGAAUCGGUGGAUAUUUGGGCUGUUGGAAUUAUUAUGUACGAGCUCUUGGUGGGCAAGCCUCCAUUUGAAGCACCGGGGCAAAAUGAGACAAUCGAGCUCAUUACCGAAGGUCAGCUACACGUGCCUCCUAUGGUGUCGUUAGCAGCAAAGGAUCUCAUCACACGAAUCCUGCAAAAACUUCCGGAGAGGCGUCUUUCACUGCAGGAGAUUAAGGCCCAUCGCUGGUUCGCUCCCCUUGCCAUCCGUCAACGAUCGUCUAGACGUGGUUUGUAG